UCCACCUCAGCCUCCCAAAGUGCUAGGAUUAUAGGUGUCAGCCACCAACCACACCUGGCCAGAGAUUUGGGUUCUAAACCAGUCCUAACGUUAACUGGCUGUGUAACGUUUAGUAAGACACUUUCCUUCUCUAAGCCUUAGUUGCCUGACCUACAAAACCAGAGCUGGACUAAACCAUCAGAUUUGCUGGGGUUGACAGCUUCAGGCUUGCAGGAAGGAGUCAGGUGGCUGUUAUUCCAGACUAGGAGGACUGUCCAGCUCAGAGCCCCACUCUAUAGCUGACCCACAGGAUAAGAAGUCAACUGCUUGACACUGUGGAAGUGAAGUUCUGAGACAGACUUAGUAACCCCCAACCUCCCUGGCUCUGCCACCAAACACACCUCAGGAAACCCCCAACCCCAGUGUAAAUUCCCUCGUCCAUAAGACGCUUCUUCCCCAAUCCUUUUCCUCUGCAGUCAGUAAAAAACACAGGCAGGGCUGAAUUUCGUGGUUUUAAAGUUGGGUUGGCGAGGCCCUGAAUAAGGAAGUGUCCUGCCCAAGGUCACACAGCAAAGAAGAGAACCCAAGUGGCCACAGUUUGGCCAGCAGUCCCGACCCCUGUCCUUUAGUGCACAUACACUGCAUACUCCACCCGCUCCUGGCUUUUCUUCACAUCUCCCUUCCCCGACCCUGGACUGCGGGCAGCUUUAUGGACAGAGGGAAGCAGAAAGCAGCAGAAGCUACUCUCUGAGGACCACGCCUCAAAGAGCAGGAUCUCCCAGGUGGGAUUGUGCUGAGGCUUCAGACUGGGAGGCAGGCCUGAAAGCAGAUCUCCAAGAGGGCGUGGCUCCAAAACUGCUGGCAAAUAUAAAAGCCUGGAGAGCAGGCACCAGUCUGGAGACCAGCAGGAGGCACAGGGAGACUGCAAGCCACUCUGCUCCUGGGCCUUGGAAGUGAUGCCUAUGUCGUCCCCCCAAACCCUGCUCCUCUGCCUGCUAGUCCUGGCAAUCAUUGAAAGCUGGGGUCAGGAGACAGCCAUCCCAGGCUGCCACAUGCACCCCUUCAACGUGACAGUGCGAAGUGACCGUCAAGGCACCUGCCAGGGCUCCCAUGUGGCACAGGCCUGCGUGGGCCACUGUGAGUCCAGUGCCUUCCCUUCACGGUACUCUGUGCUGGUGGCCAGUGGCUAUCGACACAACAUCACCUCUGUCUCUCAGUGCUGCACCAUCAGCAGCCUGAAGAAGGUGAAGGUGCAGCUGCAGUGUGUGGGGAACCGGAGGGAGGAGCUCGAGAUCUUCACGGCCAGGGCCUGCCAGUGUGACAUGUGUCGCCUCUCACGCUACUAGCCCACCCUCUCCCCUCCUUCCCCCCUGGGUCGCAGGGCUUGAUGUUCUGGUGGGAAAAACCUGGGUCUGGGAUUUAAAAUCUGGGAGGAGUUCCAACUCUGCUGGUUACUUGCUAUGGGAUUUUUUUAAAUGAAGGGGUUUCUCCAGCUCUGACCCUUUUAAGAUUUUGUGAUUGUCACCUUCUGGGAAGAGGGAAGAUUCUGCCUUUUCCCUGCCUCUUCCUGGCCCUUCUAACCAGUCUUUCAUCGUUUCACUUUUCUCUUUGCCCCUACCCCUAAAUAAAGCAAGCAGUUCUUGA